GUCGCCCAGGUUGUCAGGCGCAAUGGCGGCGCCGUUGCUUCACACGCGGCUGCCCGGAGAUGGGGCCUCUUCGGCCUCCGCGGUCAAGGCGCUGGGCGCCCCGAGGACCGGGAUUUCGGAUAUGCUUGCUUUAGAGAAUGAUUUCUUCAGCUCUCCCCCAAGAAAAACUGUUCGGUUUGGUGGAACUGUGACAGAAGUCUUGCUGAAGUACAAAAAGGGGGAGACAAGUGAAUUUGAGUUGUUGAAGAACCAGCUGUCAGAUCCAGACAUAAAGGAUGACCAGAUCAUUAACUGGCUGUUAGAAUUCCGCUCCUCCAUCAUGUACUUGACCAAAGACUUUGAGCAGCUUAUCAAUAUUCUGUUGAAAUUGCAGUGGUUAAAUAGAAGCCCAACAGUGGUGGAGGAGUACUUGGCUUUCCUUGGUAAUCUUGUAUCGGCACAGACUGUCUUCCUCAGACCGUGUCUCAGCAUGAUUGCUUCUCAUUUUGUGCCUCCCCGAGUGGUCAUUAAGGAAGGUGACAUAGAUGUUUCAGAUUCUGAUGAUGAAGAUGACAAUCUUCCUGCAAAUUUUGACACAUGUCACAGAGCCUUGCAAAUAAUUGCAAGAUACGUCCCAUCGACGCCGUGGUUUCUUAUGCCAAUACUGGUAGAAAAAUUCCCAUUUGUUCGAAAAUCAGAGAGAACCUUGGAAUGCUAUGUUCACAACUUGCUAAGGAUUAGUGUGUAUUUUCCAACCUUGAGGCAUGAAAUUCUGGAGCUUGUUAUUGAAAAAGUACUCAAGUUGGAUGUGAAUGCAUCCCGACAGGAUAUUGAAGAUGCUGAGGAAACAGCAGCUCAAACUGGCAGUGGGACAGAUGCCACAGAAGGACUGUUCAAUAUGGAUGAAGAUGAAGAAACUGAACACCCACCAAAGGCUGAUUCGGGACAGCCUGACCAGAUGGUGCAUCCUGUCGCUGAGCGCCUGGACGUCCUGCUGUCCUUGCUCCUGUCCUACAUUAAGGAUGUCUGCCAUGUCGACGGUAAGAUUGAUAACAACAAAACAAAGGAUUUAUAUCGAGAUCUAAUAACCAUCUUUGACAAACUCCUGCUGCCCACCCAUGCUUCCUGCCAUGUCCAGUUUUUCAUGUUUUACCUCUGUAGCUUUAAAUUGGGAUUUGCAGAAGCAUUUUUGGAACAUCUCUGGAAAAAAUUGCAGGAUCCAAACAACCCUGCCAUCAUCAGGCAAGCUGCUGGAAAUUACAUUGGAAGCUUUUUGGCAAGAGCUAAAUUUAUUCCUCUUAUCACUGUAAAGUCCUGCCUCGAUCUUUUGGUUAAUUGGCUGCACAUAUACCUUAAUAACCAGGAUUCCGGAGCAAAGGCAUUUUGUGAUGUUGCUCUCCAUGGACCAUUUUAUUCAGCCUGCCAAGCUGUAUUCUACACUUUUGUUUUUCGACACAAGCAGCUUUUAAGUGGAAACCUGAAGGAAGGCUUGCGGUACCUUCAAAGUCUGAAUUUUGAACGUAUAGUGAUGAGUCAGCUGAAUCCUCUGAAGAUUUGCCUGCCCUCUGUAGUUAACUUUUUUGCCGCUAUCACAAGUAAAUACCAGCUGGUCUUCUGCUACACUAUCAUUGAGAGGAAUAAUCGUCAGAUGCUGCCAGUUAUUAGAAACACAGCGGGAGGGGACUCGGUGCAAACCUGCACAAACCCCCUCGACACCUUCUUCCCCUUCGAUCCCUGUGUGCUUAAGAGAUCAAAGAAAUUCAUUGAUCCUGUUUACCAGGUAUGGGAAGACAUGAGUGUAGAAGAGCUUCAGGAGUUUAAGAAACCCAUUAAAAAGGAGAUAGUGGAAGAUGAAGAUGAUGAUUUUUUGAAAGGUGAAGUUGGGAUUACCCCAAACUCCUUUGACACGCAUUUCCGGAGUCCUACAAGUAGCGUGGGCUCCCCACCCGUGUUAUACCUGCCGGGCCAGUCCCCCGUGAUUGCCAGGAUUUGUGACUGAGGCGCCCUGCACCCGCCAGUGCUGGGCUCCUGCUGUUGGAGGAUGCAUUGAACAGAGUGCGGUCGCAGGCAGUGCUUCCACUUUGACUUACUCUCGUGUCUGGACAGGUGGUUGUUUUCUUUUGUCCCAUACAGACUAAAGGAAAAACUGAGUAUCAUGUGCAAUAUUUCAUAGUGGAGUUGAUAAAUGUUGAAGAUUUGGCUUAUUUGUUUAAUGUAUAUACACUUGUUAUGUUAAUAGCUUUUUGACAUAAUUAUUGUGAAGUUCCUAUUUUAAGAGAUUGCAUUUUAACAUAGGUUAUUUGUCAGAACCGUAGUCACGCACUUGGUGAUCUGGUUUCUCCUCAGUGAGAAGUCCUCUGGACACUACUUAAAGUUGUCAGAAUGUGUUCAUUUUGGAAGUGUUGUGUUUCCUCUGCUGUGAUUGCAUUUGUGUGCUGGGAUUAGUGUGUGUCGGGAUUGCAGAGGGUGCAGAGAAGAUAGGAGGAGCCCGGGGCGGUGGCCAGAGCUGGUCCGGGAUGCUGAAAGUCGGAGCUGGCACUGAAGGAACCCCGGGGACUUCGGAGACGAUGAACGCCUGGAGUGAAGAGAUAGUGAGGAUUUAGAGAAAUGGAGCCAGAGGACACAUACCGUGAGUGUCAGGUGGAUGUAAGCAAAGCUGGAGUUGUGGAAAGUAUUGCGCGUUUUGUCCUUUACCUCCCUCUCACAGUGCUUUGAACUGGAGCUGCUCAUUUGUAGUGGAAUGUUACAUAUGUAUAUUUUAUUACCAGAAUCAGUUUGAGAAUUUUUUUGACCAAAUAGGGCAAAAAUUUUAGUCUGUUUAAUGGAAAGGUUUUGCUAACAAUAUUAGACUGAGAUUACAGCUACUUCUCUCUGCUGCUCUUAUCAUGGAUUCAGCUCAGUGAAGCCCUCCUCUGGUGAGGCUCUUUUUGUAUUUUUAUAACUAAACAAAGGAAUCCAAACAGCCUCGCUUUAUAGCAAAUUUGUGCAGCACUGCUAGAGUUGUUCUGAAGCUCACGCAUAUUUUCUCUUCAUUCCUUAUAUGUGGACUUUUUUGUUACUUGUGAAAAUGGGCAUCUUCAAGCAUAUUUAUUUUUUCUGCCUCUUUUCUUAUUCCUUAUUUAAAGGCAAGCACUAUUUUCUUGAUCACAAAUAUUUUGUAAUGAAACACUUUCUCCUAGGGCUUUGUAUGCUCUUAAACUAUAUUGAAGGCAAUGUAGAGUUUGAAUUUCAGUCUGUAAAUAUGUUUUUGGAAAAUAGAAAUUUUUAUUGCUUUAAAAAGUUUUGGAUGUUGGUGAUUUUCCUUUGGGUGACUUGGUGGAAAGUAAUUUGAGAAUUUUAAGGUUCUCUUUUUUUAAAUAGCUUACAAAAGGUGGGGGUUUUGUAUACUGAUAACAUGAACAAAUGUGUCCAAGAAGUUAAUGGUAAGUGGAGUCUUGGUGAGUUGGGAAGUAGUUUUAAUGUAGAAGGAUAUAUUUACAAACAUGCCUGUUUAAUUUCAAAGGAGUUUGAAGUUAAUUUCAAAGGAGUUUUAAGGAAAAAUUCCAUUGUGGAACCGGAAGAAUGAUAUGGUUAAUCUGGAACUUUUCCUUUUAUGCCAAUAGAGGGAGGUACCCCAAUAAAGAGACUUCUCACACAUUCUGUUGAUUUCUGU